CACACAGAGACAGCUCCACACAGAGACAGCUCUACUCCCUCCCCUAUGUCCUUUACACGGACAAAUGCAACAACACUUGUCUCUUCAUUAGACAGCAUAUUUUCUCUUCCUCAAUGUAUAACAGCAGUUUAACGUUUAUUUGACCCUGGAGUUCCUGUAAGGUGACGCCAUGCCCCACCUCACACCAGCGACUAUACUGCAGCUCUCACUGCUCCUUUCCGCUUUACCGGCGCAGUACCUAAUCUCCCGGUGGACCGGAGCCUCGGUGGCGCAGCGCUAUCAUGCAACCAGACGAAUUUUGGCAGUUUGGAACGAAUGGAGCGAUACUUACCUGAGCGCGGACGCCUGGACAGAGUGGCUCUCUAAGAUACUUUUCAAGUUUCAGGAGCUCCUGACAGGAGAGGAGGAGCCUGGCGAGUCUCCCGCCCUGGAGGUUCUUCUCCAUGACAACGACCAGGGAUACUUCGGAGCCUCCAGAACUGUGCGUAGCCCAAGGCCCCCGUUCGUGUUCAUGCGGGUGGGGCAGGUGGUGAUGGAGAACCGGGGUAAAAUGGUGGGGGUGGUGGUGGCCUGGGACUCUGAACUACGAGCUCCACAAGAGUGGAUCAACAGGGUGUACUCCAACUCUGAGGAGGUUGCAGCAAAGCACACUCCCCACUAUAAGGUGGUGUUCAGUGGGCCGGGCCAGUCAUCGAUAAUGGUGGGCUACCUGCCCCAGACAAAACUGAAGAGGAUAACCGGGAUGAAGCCGGACAUCCCCACCCUGGAGCAGUACUUCACACACUUUGACGGGGAGCAGUUUGUGAUGCAGCCUUGGCUCAAGGAGAUCUUUCCUGAGGACUGAGGUGGUGAGAGGGGAGGUGAGAAGAGAUCCAACACCAUGGAAAGGGACUUACCGCUGCAGUGUGUGUGUGUGUGUGAG